UUUAGACUCAGUUUACAUACUCUGGAAUGUUUUUUAUUGCUUGGUGCACUUAGCACAGGAACUGCUGGUUUAUCAGACGAUCACAGAUGCACGCUACAACACUCUGCACUUACUCAGUGUUAGUUAACUAGUACAAAGAUCAGUUGCAGCUUUCAUGGAGGCCGGAGGUUGACCACUUUCAUUUGGAUAUACUAAUAGUUUGGUCACUAACUCAAUUGUGAACAACACCUCCUACUACUCAACACAGUAGCUGCAAUCAGCGAGAGAGGCUGCAAUAAUUGGCAAACUAGUAUUCGGGGAGGAGAAAGCUGUCCGUUGUUUGAGGAUGUGCAGUCAGAAAGACCUGAGGGGGGUGUACACACACGGAUAUCUCCACAGGUGACACAAGGAAAACGGCUGUUUGGAUCUGGUGAGCUCAAGAUUAGCAUAGGCAUCUGUCAACUGGAUAGGCCAGCAGUUACUUGAGUGAACUGUUUGGAAUCACUGGGGUUUGAGGAUGUGCAGUUUAUGAUAGACAACACUCUCAACUGAUUGCCUUUAGAAUAUCGGAAUAGAUUUGAAGCUAUGUGUCAGUCAUGUCAACAGAACACACUAUUCAGUCAGUGCCAACAGUGUCGCUAAAAGAAAGACCUGGUUGUUUCUUUCCUGAACUUGAUAUUUUGCCACUACACAGACUUCAUCAAUCUAUGAAACGUACCAAAAUAUAGUGUGGGACGGUGAUACCCAAGAGACUAUUGGAAUACAUUCUAAUCUAUAACUUGUCCGACUGUCCAGAGCCGUAUUUGAUAUUGAUUGGACUCGGUAACUUGACUAACCGUUCACUGAGUGGGAGGCAGUGGCAGACGUCAGAUGUGACUAACAUUUCAGCAGAAGCAUCAUUUUUGCAGAUGUUCUUUGAAUCAUUCUUGGAGGAAUAGUGAAAGUGUACAAGGAUUUCAUACUUAACAAAAAAAGCUUGGGUUUUGAACUUUGGAUAUAGGCCUACAUGCAAGCUUUCAGUUUGGCAGAUCUGGAGGACAUUUAAGCCAGACCGUUUGUGUCAAGUUGCAAAAGGUAGGAAGGCGAGAUUAAAUCAAAAUAAACAACUAUAAAGUGAUCAGUUUGGCCGCAUUAACAAACCAUGAUUGUAAAGGUUUUAGUGAUAUGACAUGAACUUUCGUGUUUUGGUGGGCUUUGUGUUUUGAUGUACUUCUAAUAGGUGAUGGCCUACUGAGCGAAUUCCUCAGGAAGCUUUAUCUAUCAUGUGAGAGUGUUGCCUGAUUAGAUGGAAUAUGGAUUAAGAAUAGUUUAUCAUACCUGUGCACACAUUUAUUACAGAGUUUUCAGAAGGACUCAUUCACACUCAAGUUCAUUAUAAACAAACAUUUUUCACUCUGACACAAGUGGAUUGUUGUGACAAAUCAGAUUUACCAUCAACAGCCUCUCAAUCUAAAGGAUAGCAGAUUGGAUAAUAGCCCAAUUUCCUUCAAGGACAUAUCUGAAAGACCAAUCACUCCGUUACUUGACUGGUAUCGGAGACUUCCUCGUCAAGCUCUAUAAUCAAUGGGACACUUGUGGUGGGUUCUGAUUAUGUCGUGUUCUCUUUUCGACCAGUUGUAAACAUCAUUUGCUUAAACGACCGUGGCGUGCAGAUCUGACUUGUGAGAUGGAUGACAGUCGAUGCAGACAGUUAGGACUCACCUCGUUCAGAGAUUGAUUCAUGUCUCAAAAUUCAAAUUCACAUGAGGAUUAUAUCAGUUGCAAUCUGAUCUUGUUGACAUUCAUUCCAAAGAGACGAGUGACGGUAAUAUCGCCAUGGAAGGAGAAAUGACUUCUACACCAUCUAAAGCUGUGAAGCUGCUAAACUUCACCGUUGACAUCUAUGAACAGAACAACACCAAGUCUGAACAUGGUAAACUAUCAACAGAGAAUAUACUCAUUAUCAUUAUACAAUUAGUGCUCAUGAUAAGCAUAAUCAUAGGGAAUUCUUUAGUUAUCUUAGCCGUCAUCAAGUUUAGGAAUCUUCGUAGUGUGUUGUACAGAUUUGUGGCGAGUCUCGCGUUUGCUGAUAUUCUGGUGGCCACUGUGAUACCGGUGAACAUGCUGAGACAUGCAGAACCUAUAUUUAAUCGCAAUCAGAGGAUAUGUUUAGCAGUUUACGGCACAUCAACGGUCUCCUUCGCAGCCUCAGUAUUUCACUUGUUCUGCAUCGCUAUAGAUCGGUGUAUCGCGCUGAAUAACCCCCUGAAAUAUCAGACGAUCAUGGCCGGGAAAAGUUACAAGUUCAUCGCUGUGAUUUGGAUCGUUUCAAUUGCUGUUGGCAUCGUGCCAGCUUUUGUGUCUCGGCGCUGGGAGGACAACCCCAAGUGUACAAUGCAGCGCGUCUUAGACUCAACGUAUAUGUUUGUACUCUGCAUCAUCAUCAUCGCGAUAGCAGUCGCCAUGUUAGUCAUGUACGCACAGUUGUUCUAUGUGGUGCAAAGCCAUCUUAACCGGACAAAUAUACGAAAUGCACAAAUCAGCUGUGGCACGGUUUCUAAAAUCAAGAAAGAUGCCAAAGCGGCCAAGGUGUUAGCGACGGUACUUCUCACAUUCUUAAUCUGCUGGAUGCCAUUUGUGUCGGUGGUGAUUGUGAUUUAUCUCGGUAAGACAGACACUGCCAAUAAGGAAUAUAAAACAGUGUCGUACUUUCUAGCAGUGUUUAACUCUUGUCUCAAUCCACUGAUCUAUGCCUGGAUGAGCAAGGGCAUGCGGGCGGCAUUCAAGACGUUACUCCGCCUUGACAGACGAUCACAAACAACAGACAUUACAGAUGUGGCCAAUGGUAAUGGGGCACCUGGGUCUCUGGAUUUAAGAGAAGAGGGCGAACCAUUGUGAUUAGCCCCUGAACUGAAGGACAUGGUUGUGUAGAGGGUUGUCAGGUCAAGUAGCAGAUGUCAGCUCUCAAAUUAGAUGUCAAUGUCGUAUCAAAGAGUGAAAAGGAACAUAAAAUAACAUUGGUAAAUAUGGCGUUUAGAACGUGACCGUUUUGUUUACACUUCCUUAUUAUGAGGGAUGGAAAUGAUUGGCACUAAUGUUAGACCAAUAUAACACUAACAAUAAUUGGAGAUAACUUCAGGCCUGAUCUACUUCAAUCAGUCAGUAUAACAAUCAUACCAAAUGUGUUCAUACAUCAUAUUCUAUGUGUAUAGAUGUUGUCAUUCUCUACUACCAAGUGGUCUUACUAAGGGCCGACCAGAUGUGUCAAUCAGGCCAUUGUCAGCCAAACACAGCAGUUUCCUCUCCCCAAGCAUGCUCAAGUUUUCAAGAGCCUGGCCCAUAACUUUGAGUGUCUCUUGCUACUAUUGACGUCAAGAUAUUCCUGGUUGUGACAUUAGCCAGAGCUUUAGCAAGUCUCUUCUCUUAAGCUUGAUUCACACUCAUGCCGAUACCAUCUGACCUUCUGUAUAGAGCCCGGCUUGUAACGCUGACAGCUACAUUCAGGUCUCUAUGGAGGUGACACAGUCUUCAAUAUGAAAGUCCAAUCAUACAUCAUAAUACAUGUAACUUCUCAUCAGAGAAAACUGAGAACACAGUUCUCCUUGCUACUGAAUCUGCAUCUGAAGCCUGGACACUUGAAUGAAUUAGCUGUCCAGGCUUCAGAUGGUUAGUACACCUUCCUAGAGAUAGCAGUGAUGUACCAACAGGUAGCCCGAACAUCAUUCCCACACCAACCAUAACAGUAGCAACUCUUGUCAAUACCAGGCCUCACAGAACCUGCCUGUGUAUUCCUCAACUCUUGUCAAUACCAGGCUUCACAGAACCUGCCUGUGUAUUCCUCAACACCUCACUUAACAAAGCCAACACAUCAUCUGGUAAAGCCCGAUCAUAUUACUUGGGAUUGAAAUCCUAAACCACUUUAAUAACUUGACUGACUUCAUUCCUUCUACCACUUGAAUAAACCAACAUAUCACUUCACUGAUAAUGAUAUUCCCCUAGCUAUUUGCCUGUACACUGACAGGCUGAAGCAACACUAGUCAGCACACUGAUGUAUGCAACCUAGUGGCUUCUAUUCUAACUUCCAUUCUCAAACCAACUUUAUCUAUCUAAGAAGCACGUGAGCCCACUAUUACAACAUCUAGUGAGAGCUAGGCCAUGUGUGCCAAUUUGACCUCAACAAUGGGCUCUAAUCUGAACUGUGUUUAGGGAGCAUUGUCCAAGAGUAGUUAUCUUAGACGAUAAGGGACAAGGUUGACUCAAUGUGGACACUUGAGUUAUGUUGUAAUAGACAUGACAUGGUUACACUAACACUCUAGUGAGGGGUCCUAACCAAUAAUCAGUGGGCUUCCUUGUACUAUGCUUGUGUGUGGCAGCCUAUAUUUGCUUAAUUAUUUGGGGGGUUAUACUGGUGUGGAAGGGACACAAACUGCACUCUCAAACUGAACUCUUUGACUAUGAUCAUUCUGGCCAAUCUGAAGUCUUGAACAGGAUGCAACUGGAAAACAAAACCAACAUUUCCUUCAUCGUUAGAAAGUUUAUCACUGGAAAGGAAUGUGAUGGUGAAAAACUGAAUGUGAACAAUCAUCAUGCGAGCUACCAGUUUCACUAUGUAGGCUAAUUUGACACGUUCAUACAUUCAUCAAUGGUUUAUGAACAAAAAACACUUUUGUUUCUAUGACGCAAACAAACUGUUUUGUAAAUCAUGGUUUAUUGACAUUAGUGCAAAGCCUAUAGAAUUAGGGCAGUCUAGAGUCAAUUAUAGGCCGUUGGUAUUCGAUUUUGUGUUUGUUCUCCCCAAGUAUAUAAGGCAUGUAUAUGAGGCAAACAUAAAAUCCAGUACAUAUGGCCUGAGAUGCAUUGUUAAUGUUCGUGUUUUGCCAAUUAUGUCUGGGAAAUAAACAUAGGAAAU